AUGGGCAACGAGGCGAGCUUGGAAGGGGAAGGGCUCCCGGAAGGGCUGGCGGUGGCCGCAGCGGCCGGAGGAGGGGCUAGCGGGGCGGGGAGCCCCUCGCACACCGCGAUCCCGGCCGGCAUGGAGGCGGAUUUGAGCCAGCUGAGCGAAGAGGAGAGGAGACAGAUCGCCGCUGUCAUGUCAAGGGCGCAGGGGCUGCCCAAGGGAAGCGUCCCCCCGGCCGCUGCGGAGUCGCCUUCCAUGCACAGGAAACAAGAGUUGGAUAGUAGUCACCCUCCAAAGCAAUCAGGAAGACCCCCGGACCCUGGGCGUCCAGCUCAACCUGGUCUCAGUAAAAGUAGAACUACAGACACUUUCAGGUCAGAGCAGAAAUUGCCUGGGAGGAGUCCUUCCACUAUUAGCUUGAAAGAAUCAAAGUCCAGAACUGAUUUUAAGGAAGAACACAAAUCUAGUAUGAUGCCUGGCUUCCUCUCAGAGGUUAACCCUUUAAGUGCUGUCUCCUCUGUUGUAAAUAAAUUCAACCCUUUUGAUUUGAUAUCAGACUCUGAGGCAUCCCAGGAAGAAACCACCAAGAAACAAAAAGUGGUUCCGAAGGAGCAAGGAAAACCUGAGGGAAUCACAAAACCUCCUUCACAGCAACAGCCACCCAAGCCGGUUCCUAAGCAGCAAGGACCUGGUAGGGAUCUACUUCAGCAGGAUGGCCCUCCCAAAUCAGUAUCUUCUCAGCAACCAGAAAAAAUUAAAUCACAACCUCCAGGUACAGGAAAGCCAAUUCAAGGUCCUGCCCAGACUCCUCAGACAGACCAUGCAAAAUUGCCACUUCAACGAGAUGCAUCCAGGCCUCAGACUAAACAGGCAGACAUAGUAAAGGGAGAAUCAGUUAAACCCUCUCUGCAAAGCCCAUCCAAACCACCUAUUCAGCAACCAACUCCUGGAAAACCUCCAGCACAGCAGCCUGGACCCGAAAAAUCACAGCCUGGGCCUGCAAAGCCCCCAGCUCAGCCCCCAGGGCUAACAAAGCCACUGGCUCAACAACCAGGGACAGUGAAACCCCCAGUCCAGCCACCAGGGACAACAAAGCCUCCAGCUCAGCCUCUUGAUCCUGCUAAGUCUCCAGCUCAGCAGACUGGGUCAGAGAAGCCUUCAUUGGAGCAGCCUGGGCCAAAGACUCUAGCUCAGCCUCCUGGAGUUGGGAAGACUCCAGCUCAACAGUCAGGGACAGCAAAGCCUCCAACCCAGCAGAUGGGGACACCAAAACCCCUAGCUCAACAAUCUGGGCUACAGUCUCCAGCUAAGGCACCUGGGCCUACAAAGACUCCAGUUCAGCAGGCUGGGCCAGGAAAAAUUCCAGCUCAACAGGCAGGACCUGCAAAGCCUUCUGCCCAGCAGACUGGCCCAACAAAGCCUCCUUCACAACUGCCUGGUCCAGCAAAGCCCCCACCUCAACAGCCUGGCUCAGCAAAGCCCCCUCCUCAACAGCCUGGCUCAGCAAAGCCCCCACCUCAACAGCCUGGCUCAGCAAAACCCCCACCCCAACAGCCUGGCUCAGCAAAGCCCCCACCUCAACAGCCUGGCGCAGCAAAGCCCCCACCCCAACAGCCUGGCUCAGCAAAGCCCCCAUCUCAACAGCCUGGCUCAGCAAAACCCUCAGCUCAACAGCCUAGCCCAGCAAAGCCCUUGGCUCAGCAAUCUACAAAACCAGUAAGCCAAACAGGAUCAGGAAAACCUCUGCAGCCACCAACAAUGUCUCCAUCUGCAAAACAGCUUCCUUCACAAGGCCUCCCUAAAACCAUCUGUCCUCUUUGCAAUACCACUGAACUUCUGUUGCAUGUUCCAGAAAAGGCCAAUUUUAACACAUGCACUGAGUGUCAAACCACUGUCUGUAGCCUCUGUGGUUUUAAUCCCAAUCCUCAUUUAAUGGAGGUAAAAGAGUGGCUCUGUUUGAACUGUCAAAUGAAAAGAGCUCUAGGUGGGGAUCUGGCUCCAGCUCCAUCAUCACCCCAGCCCAAACCAAAGGCUGCACCUGUUACCGCUACAUCAGCAGUGAGCAAGUCAUCCCCACAGCCACAGCAGACUUCCCCAAAGAAGGAUGCUGCACCAAAACAGGAUCUCUCCAAGGUACCUGAGCCUAAAAAGCCACCACUAGUGAAACAACCAACCCUCCAUGGCUCUCCUUCAGCCAAGGCCAAGCAGCCUCCUGAGGCAGAUUCUUCAUCCAAGCCAGCCCCUCCCAAAGAACCUUCUGUCCCAUCUGAGCAGGACAAGGCCCCUGUUGCUGAUGAUAAACCAAAGCAGCCCAAGAUGGUAAAGCCAACCACAGACUUUGUAUCUUCAUCAUCAGCAACAAUACCUGAUAUUCCAAGCUCCAAAGUACAGUCACAAGCUGAAGAGAAAACAACCCCUCCUCCAAAAACAGACUCUGCCAAACCCUCACAGAGUUUUCCACCAACAGGGGAAAAAGUCACCCCAUUUGAUUCUAAAGCCAUACCUCGACCUGCAUCAGAUUCAAAAAUUAUUUCACAUCCUGGUCCUAGUUCAGAGAGCAAAGGUCAAAAACAAGUUGACCCCAUACAAAAGAAGGAAGAGCCCAAGAAAGCACAAACCAAAACGAGUCCUAAACCAGAUGCCAAGCCAAUGCCAAAAGGGUCACCAACACCCCCUGGCCCACGACCUACUGCUGGCCAAACUGUCCCCACACCUCAACAGCCCCCAAAGCCUCAGGAGCAGUCAAGACGUUUCAGUCUGAAUCUGGGAAGUAUUACUGAUGCCCCCAAAUCACAGCCUACAACUCCUCAAGAGACCGUGACUGGGAAACUCUUUGGGUUUGGAGCAUCAAUCUUCAGCCAGGCAUCAAAUUUAAUUUCCACUGCAGGCCAACCUGGACCUCAUUCACAAAGUGGACCAGGGGCCCCAACAAAACAAGCCCCUUCCCCUUCACAGCCACCUGCUUCACAAGGGCCACCCAAAUCCACAGGUCAAGCACCACCAGCACCUGCAAAAAUUACACCUGUGAAAAAGGAAACAAAAGCCCCAGCAGCUGAAAAAUUAGAGCCCAAAGCUGAACAAGCUCCAACAGUAAAAAGAACAGAAACAGAAAAAAAGCCACCACUUAUUAAAGAUAGCAAAUCUUUAACAGCUGAGCCUCAAAAGGCUGUCCUUCCCACAAAACUAGAGAGAUCUCCCAAACCACAGUCAACCUGUCCUGUCUGCAAAACUGAACUCAACAUAGGUUCUAAGGAUCCUCCUAACUUCAGUACUUGCACUGAAUGCAAGAAUCAAGUGUGUAAUCUCUGUGGAUUUAACCCUACACCACAUUUGACUGAGAUUCAAGAAUGGCUCUGUUUAAAUUGCCAAACCCAGAGAGCAAUAUCAGGACAGCUUGGAGACAUAGGCAAAAUGCCACCUGUACCAUCAGGACCCAAAGCAUCUCCCAUGCCUGUUCCUACAGAAUCACCAUCUCAGAAAACAGCAGUGCCUCCCCAAGUAAAAUUAGUGAAAAAGCCAGAACAAGAAGUAAAAACAGAAGCUGAAAAAGUCAUUCUGGAAAAAGUAAAGGAAACACUGUCAAUGGAAAAAAUUCCUCCUAUGGUAGCCACAGAUCAAAAACAAGAAGAGAGUAAACUAGAGAAAGACAAAGCUUCAGCUCUUGAAGAAAAAAAGCCACUCCAUGAAGAAAAAAAACUAAUCUCUGAAAAAGAAAAGAUAUAUUCUGAAGAAAAAAAGCCACUCCUAGAAGAAAAAACGCCAACCCCUGAAGACAAAAAGCUGCUGCCAGAGGCAAAAACAUCAGCCCCAGAAGAACAAAAACAUGACUUACUUAAAUCUCAAGUACAAAUUGCUGAAGAAAAGCUUGAAGGCAGAGUGGCUCCAAAGACAGUGCAAGAAGAGAAACAACCGCAGACCAAGAUGGAAGAUUUACCAUCUGGCACACCUCAGAGUUUACCUAAAGAAGAUGAUAAGACAACCAAAACAAUAAAAGGACAGCCACAGCCAUCAUGCACAGCAAAACCUGAUCAGGUGGAACCUGGGAAAGAAAAAACAGAAAAGGAAGAUGACAAAUCAGACACCUCAAGUUCUCAGCAGCCUAAAAGCCCCCAAGGUCUGAGCGACACGGGAUAUUCUUCUGAUGGAAUAUCAAGCUCACUUGGUGAAAUUCCAAGUCUUAUUCCAACUGAUGAAAAGGAUAUUCUCAAGGGACUCAAAAAGGACUCUUUUUCACAAGAAAGCAGCCCUUCCAGCCCCUCAGAUUUGGCUAAAUUAGAAAGUACAGUCCUAUCUAUUUUGGAAGCUCAAGCAAGUACACUUGUUGAUGAAAAGUCAGAAAAGAAAACACAACCCCAUGAAGUUUCUCCUGAGCAGCCUAAGGACCAACAGAAAACUCAGAGUGUGUCUGAAACCUUGGAAAUUACUAUUUCAGAAGAAGGGAUCAAAGAAAGUCAAGAAGAAAGGAAAGACACUUUUAAAAAAGAUAGCCAACAAGAUAUUCCUUCCAGCAAGGACCAUAAAGAAAAGUCUGAGUUUGUUGAUGACAUAACUACUAGAAGAGAGCCUUAUGAUUCAGUUGAAGAGAGUAGUGAAAGUGAAAACUCACCUGUUCCACAAAGAAAACGAAGAACUAGUGUUGGCUCAUCAAGCAGUGAUGAGUAUAAACAGGAAGACAGCCAAGGAUCAGGGGAAGAGGAGGACUUCAUUCGAAAACAAAUCAUAGAAAUGAGUGCUGAUGAAGAUGCUUCAGGUUCUGAAGAUGAUGAGUUCAUCAGGAACCAGCUCAAAGAGAUUAGUAGUAGUACUGAGAGCCAGAAGAAGGAAGAAACCAAGGGAAAAGGCAAAAUAACAGCAGGGAAACACAGACGACUGACUCGAAAAAGUAGCACAAGCAUUGAUGAUGAUGUAGGAAGACGUCACUCAUGGCAUGAUGAAGACGAUGAAGCAUUUGAUGAAAGUCAUGAACUUAAAUACAGAGAAUCUAAAAGUCAGGAAAGUGAAGAACUUGUAGUUGCUGGAGGAGGAGGGCUACGCCGAUUUAAAACAAUUGAGCUCAACAGUACAAUAGCAGAUAAAUAUUCUGCAGAGUCAUCACGGAAAAAAACAAGUUUGUAUUUUGAGGAAGAGCCAGAAUUAGAAAUGGAAAGCCUGACAGACUCACCUGAAGAUAGGUCAAGGGGAGAGGGGUCUUCGAGUCUGCAUGCUUCCAGCUUCACUCCUGGUACAUCCCCUACAUCAGUAUCAUCACUUGAUGAGGACAGUGACAGUAGCCCGAGUCACAAAAAAGGAGAGAGCAAACAGCAACGCAAAGCUCGGCACAGAUCACAUGGCCCUCUUUUGCCUACUAUUGAAGAUUCUUCAGAGGAAGAAGAAUUGAGAGAGGAAGAAGAAUUAUUAAAGGAGCAAGAAAAGCAGAGGGAAAUAGAACAGCAACAAAGAAAGAGUUCUAGUAAAAAAUCAAAGAAAGACAAAGAUGAACUUCGAGCUCAGAGAAGAAGGGAAAGGCCAAAGACACCACCUAGUAAUCUCUCUCCCAUUGAAGAUGCAUCUCCAACAGAAGAGUUACGUCAGGCUGCAGAAAUGGAGGAGCUCCAUAGAUCUUCUUGUUCUGAAUAUUCACCUAGCAUAGAAUCAGACCCAGAAGGUUUUGAAAUAAGCCCAGAAAAAAUAAUAGAAGUACAAAAAGUUUAUAAAUUGCCCACAGCUGUGUCAUUAUACUCACCAACAGAUGAGCAAUCUAUUAUGCAGAAAGAAGGUAGCCAAAAGGCGUUAAAAAGUGCUGAGGAGAUGUAUGAAGAAAUGAUGCAUAAAACACACAAAUACAAAGCUUUUCCAGCUGCAAAUGAACGAGAUGAAGUGUUUGAAAAAGAGCCUUUGUACGGUGGAAUGCUAAUAGAGGAUUAUAUUUAUGAAUCUUUAGUAGAAGACACAUACAAUGGAUCGGUAGACGGUAGUCUGCUAACAAGGCAAGAAGAAGAAAAUGGAUUUAUGCAGCAGAGAGGAAGAGAGCAAAAGAUAAGACUUUCAGAACAAAUUUAUGAAGAUCCUAUGCAGAAAAUUACAGACCUCCAGAAAGAGUUUUAUGAGUUAGAAAGCUUACAUUCUGUUGUGCCUCAGGAAGAUAUUGUUUCAAGCUCUUUUAUCAUCCCAGAAAGCCAUGAGAUAGUGGACCUGGGUACUAUGGUAACUUCUACAGGAGAAGAAAAGAAACUACUAGAUGCUGAUGCUGCCUAUGAAGAACUUAUGAAGAGGCAACAGAUGCAGUUAACACCUGGAUCUAGCCCAACCCAGGCCCCCAUCGGUGAGGAUAUGACAGAGUCCACCAUGGACUUUGACAGAAUGCCUGAUGCAUCUUUGACAUCAAGUGUUCUCUCAGGAGCAUCUCUUACAGAUUCGACCAGCAGUGCAACACUGUCUAUCCCAGAUGUUAAAAUAACCCAACAUUUUUCAACAGAAGAAAUUGAGGAUGAAUAUGUAACCGAUUAUACAAGAGAAAUUCAAGAGAUAAUUGCCCAUGAAUCGCUGAUUUUGACCUACUCGGAGCCUUCAGAAAGUGCUACAUCUGUCCCACCCUCUGACACACCUUCUCUCACAUCAUCUGUUUCUUCGGUCUCUACCACAGAUAGCUCUUCACCCAUUACUACCCUGGAUAGCAUAACCACAGUUUAUACAGAACCAGUGGACAUGAUAGCUAAAUUUGAGGAUUCUGAGGAAAUUUCUUCAUCAACUUAUUUUCCAGGCAGCAUUAUAGACUACCCAGAAGAAAUAAGUGUAUCUUUAGAUCGGACUACCAUAUCAGAUGGUAGAGCUAGUGCUGAUCAUAUUAUUUCCUUAUCUGAUAUGGCAUCUUCUAUCAUAGAAUCUAUAGCACCUAAACCUGAAGGGCCAGUUGCUGACACUAUUUCUACUGACUUAUCUAUAUCUGAAAAGGACCCGGUGAAGAAAGCCAAGAAGGAAACUGGGAAUGGAAUCAUUCUGGAAGUUUUGGAAGCUUACAGAGAUAAAAAGGAGUUGGAGGCCGAACUAACAAAAAGUAGCUUAUCUGAAACUGUGUUUGACCACCCACCUUCUUCUGUAAUAACCCUUCCAAUGAAAGAGCAGCUUUCAACUACGUACUUUACAUCUGGAGAGACCUUUGGUCAGGAGAAACCUGCGUCUCAGUUACCAUCUGGCAGUCCUUCUGUUUCCUCUCUUCCAACUAAACCUCGCCCAUUCUUUAGAAGUUCUUCUUUGGACAUAUCAGCUCAACCUCCUCCCCCUCCUCCCCCUCCCCCACCUCCUCCUCCUCCUCCACCACCACCACCUCCUCCCCCACCACUUCCUCCACCAACUUCACCUAAACCAACUAUUCUUCCUAAAAAAAAGUUACCAGUUACAGCUCCAGUGACUACAGCUACACCUCUGUUUGAUGCUGUUACUACUGUAGAGACCACAACUGUUCUGAGAAGUAAUGGAUUACCUGUUACAAGAAUAUGUACCACUGCACCUCCUCCUGUUCCUCCUAAGCCAUCUUCAAUUCCAUCUGGACUUGUAUUUACCCACAGGCCUGAGCCAAGCAAACCUCCAAUCGCCCCCAAACCAGUGAUUCCUCAGCUUCCGGCAACUACACAAAAACCAACAGAUAUACACCCCAAACCAACAGGCCUAUCUUUAACUUCAAGUAUGACCUUAAAUUUAGUGACUUCAGCAGAUUAUAAAUUGCCUUCCCCUACCUCCCCACUUUCCCCACACUCCAACAAGUCCUCACCAAGAUUUUCCAAAUCCCUCACGGAAACUUAUGUAGUUAUUACAUUGCCAUCUGAACCUGGGACUCCAACAGAUGCUUCUGCUAGUCAAGCAAUUACCAGUUGGCCCUUGGGAUCACCCUCCAAAGAUCUGGUUUCUGUUGAACCUGUGUUUUCUGUAGUUCCUCCUAUGACAGCUGUAGAAGUUCCAAGUUCAUCAGAACAGACCUUCUAUAUCUCUGGAGCUUUACAGACAUUUUCUGCUACCCCUGUCACAGCACCCUCUUCAUUUCAAGUAGCUCCCAUGUCAGUUACACAGUUUGUCACUACUGAAGUUUCCAAGACUGAGGUUUCAGCAACCGGAAGUACAGCUCCUAGUGUUGGUCUCAGCAGCAUUUCCAUAACAAUUCCUCCAGAGCCUCUUGCUCUAGAUAACCUACAUUUAGAGAAGCCUCAGUAUAAAGAAGAUGGAAAAUUGCAACUUGUUGAUGAUGUAAUUGAUUUGCGUACAGUACCAAAGGUAGAAGUUGAAACAACUGAUAAAUGUAUUGAUCUUUCUGCUUCUACCAUGGAUGUGAAAAGGCAGAUCACAACAAAUGAAGUUUAUGGGAAACAAAUUAGUGCUGUCCAACCCUCUAUUAUAAAUCUUAGUGUAACAUCAUCAAUAGUGACUCCUGUAUCUCUGCCCACUGAGACAGUGACCUUUGUCACGUGCACAGCUAGUGCAAGUUACACUACAGGCACAGAAAGCCUAGUGGGUGUAGAACGUGCAAUGACAACACCACUCCAGCUUACAACAUCAAAGCAUGCUGAGCCCCCAUGCAGGAUACCAAGUGACCAGGUCUUUCCUAUAGCUAGGGAAGAAGCACCAAUAAACUUAUCUCUAGGUACUCCAGCACAUGCAAUGACAUUGGCUGUUACAAAACCUGUCACUGCACCUCCUGUUGGUGUCACAAAUGGAUGGACUGAUAGCACCAUAUCCCAGGGGAUCACUGAUGGGGAAGUAGUGGAUCUCAGUACAACCAAGUCUCAUAGAACAGUCGUAACAAUGGAUGAGUCUACUUCAAGUGUGAUGACCAAAAUAAUAGAAGAUGAUGAAAAACCCGUUGACUUAACAGCAGGGAGAAGAGCUGUGUGCUGUGAUGUGGUUUAUAAAUUGCCGUUUGGAAGGAGCUGCACAGCACAGCAGCCUGCAACUACUCUUCCUGAGGAUCGUUUUGGUUAUAGGGAUGACCACUAUCAGUAUGAUCGAUCAGGGUCAUAUGGUUAUAGAGGUAUUGGGGGAAUGAAGCCUUCCAUGUCUGACACAAAUUUAGCAGAAGCUGGACAUUUUUUCUAUAAAAGUAAGAAUGCUUUUGAUUAUUCUGAAGGAACUGACACAGCAGUAGAUCUGACUUCAGGGAGAGUUACUACAGGUGAGGUAAUGGAUUAUUCAAGCAAGACUACAGGUCCAGAAACACGACAAGUCAUUUCAGGAGUUGGGAUUAGUACCCCACAGUAUUCCACAGCAAGAAUGACACCACCGCCAGGACCCCAGUAUUGUGUGGGGAGUGUUUUGAGGUCAUCUAAUGGUGUUGUCUAUUCUUCAGUAGCAACUCCGACACCCUCUACAUUUGCUAUCACCACACAACCCGGCUCCAUUUUCAGCACCACAGUGAGGGAUUUGUCUGGUAUUCAUACAACUGAUGCAGUGACUUCAUUACCUGCCCUGCACCAUAGCCAGCCAAUGCCUAGAUCAUAUUUUAUAACAACAGGUGCAUCUGAAACGGACAUUGCAGUAACUGGUAUUGAUAUCAGUGCCAGCUUGCAAACUAUUACUAUGGAGUCUCUUACUGCUGAGACAAUAGACUCUGUUCCCACUUUAACCACAGCAUCUGAAGUGUUUCCUGAAGUGGUGGGAGAUGAAAGUGCUCUUUUAAUUGUCCCUGAAGAAGAUAAACAACAGCAGCAGCUAGACUUGGAGCGUGAGCUCCUGGAGCUGGAGAAAAUUAAGCAACAGCGCUUUGCUGAGGAAUUGGAGUGGGAACGUCAGGAAAUUCAAAGGUUCCGAGAACAAGAAAAGAUCAUGGUUCAGAAAAAGUUGGAGGAGCUACAGUCUAUGAAGCAACACCUUCUCUAUCAGCAAGAAGAAGAGCGGCAAGCCCAGUUCAUGAUGAGGCAGGAGACGUUAGCUCAGCAACAGUUACAGCUUGAGCAGAUCCAACAGCUGCAACAACAGCUUCACCAGCAGCUGGAGGAGCAAAAGAUUCGGCAGAUCUACCAGUAUAACUAUGACCCUUCUGGAACUGCUUCUCCACAAACCACUACAGAGCAGGCAAUUUUGGAAGGUCAGUAUGCUGCCCCGGAAGGCAGUCAAUUUUGGGCAACUGAAGAUGCAACCACUACAGCUUCAGCUGUUGUGGCAAUUGAAAUACCACAAAGCCAAGGAUGGUACACCGUUCAGUCUGAUGGUGUUACUCAGUACAUUGCCCCACCUGGUAUCCUGAGCACUGUUUCAGAAAUACCUCUAACAGAUGUUGCUGUAAAAGAGGAAAAACAGCCCAAAAAGAGAAGUUCUGGAGCUAAAGUCCGAGGACAGUAUGAUGAAAUGGGAGAAAAUAUGGCAGAUGAUCCCCGAAGUUUUAAAAAGAUAGUGGACAGUGGUGUACAAACGGAUGACGAAGAUGCCACAGAUCGGAGCUAUGUGAGUAGGAGAAGGAGAACUAAAAAGAGUGUGGAUACAAGCGUCCAAACUGAUGAUGAAGAUCAGGAUGAGUGGGAUGUGCCUACUAGAUCAAGGAGGAAAGCUCGUGUAGGGAAAUAUGGUGACAGCAUGACAGAGGCUGACAAGACCAAACCCCUUUCCAAAGUCUCCAGCAUAGCAGUUCAAACGGUAGCAGAGAUAUCUGUGCAAACUGAACCAGUUGGAACCAUAAGAACACCCUCCAUACGGGCACGAGUGGAUGCCAAGGUAGAAAUAAUUAAACACAUUUCAGCACCUGAAAAGACUUACAAAGGGGGCAGUUUAGGAUGUCAAACAGAAGCAGAUUCAGACACACAAAGUCCUCAAUAUCUGAGUGCCACAUCUCCACCCAAAGACAAGAAACGCCCAACACCUUUAGAGAUUGGUUAUUCAUCUCACCUCCGGGCAGAUUCCACAGUACAGCUGGCUCCUUCCCCACCCAAAUCCCCCAAAGUCCUUUAUUCACCCAUCUCACCACUUUCACCAGGCAAAGCCUUAGAAUCAGCCUUUGUACCUUAUGAAAAACCCCUCCCUGAUGAUAUAAGUCCACAGAAAGUACUGCAUCCAGAUAUGGCUAAAGUUCCCCCAGCAAGUCCUAAGGCAGCCAAGAUGAUGCAGCGUUCUAUGUCUGACCCCAAGCCUCUGAGUCCAACAGCAGACGAAAGUUCCAGGGCUCCUUUUCAGUAUACCGAGGGCUAUACGACUAAAGGUUCUCAAACCAUGGCAUCCUCUGGAACCCAGAAAAAAGUUAAAAGAACUCUGCCAAAUCCACCUCCUGAGGAGAUUUCCACAGGAACUCAAUCCACAUUCAGCACAAUGGGCACAGUUUCCAGGAGAAGGAUCUGCAGAACCAACACAAUGGCACGAGCCAAGAUUCUCCAGGACAUAGACAGAGAGCUUGAUCUUGUGGAAAGGGAAUCUGCAAAGCUUAGAAAGAAACAAGCAGAGCUUGAUGAAGAAGAAAAGGAGAUUGAUGCCAAGCUACGAUACCUGGAAAUGGGAAUUAACAGGAGGAAAGAGGCAUUAUUAAAGGAGAGAGAAAAGAGAGAACGAGCCUACCUCCAGGGAGUAGCUGAGGAUCGUGAUUACAUGUCUGAUAGUGAAGUAAGUAGCACAAGACCAGCCCGAAUAGAAAGUCAGCAUGGCAUUGAGCGACCAAGAACUGCUCCCCAAACUGAAUUCAGCCAGUUUAUACCACCACAAACCCAAACAGAAUCUCAACUAGUUCCUCCAACAAGUCCUUACACACAAUACCAAUACUCUUCCCCUGCUCUUCCUACCCAAGCACCCACCUCAUACACCCAACAAUCUCAUUUUCAGCAACAAACUUUGUACCAUCAGCAAGUUUCACCUUAUCAGACUCAGCCAACAUUCCAAGCUGUGGCAACAAUGUCCUUCACACCUCAAGCUCAACCUACGCCAACCCCACAGCCUUCUUAUCAGUUACCUUCACAGAUGAUGGUGAUACAACAGAAGCCACGGCAAACUACAUUAUAUUUGGAGCCCAAGAUAACCUCGAACUAUGAAGUGAUUCGCAACCAACCCCUUAUGAUAGCACCUGUUUCUACUGAUAACACAUAUGCUGUUUCCCAUCUUGGUAGUAAGUACAAUAGUUUAGACUUGAGAAUAGGUUUGGAGGAAAGAAGUAGCAUGGCAAGCAGUCCAAUAUCAAGCAUAUCCGCAGAUUCUUUCUAUGCAGAUAUUGAUCACCAUACUCCACGAAAUUAUGUUCUAAUUGACGACAUUGGAGAGAUCACCAAAGGAACAGCGGCGUUAAGCACUGCAUUUAGCCUUCAUGAAAAGGAUCUGUCAAAAACAGACCGUCUCCUUCGAACCACUGAGACACGCCGGUCUCAAGAAGUGACAGAUUUCCUAGCACCUUUACAGUCUUCCUCUAGAUUGCAUAGUUAUGUGAAGGCAGAGGAAGACCCAAUGGAGGAUCCUUAUGAGUUAAAGCUUCUGAAACAUCAGAUUAAACAGGAAUUUCGUAGAGGGACAGAGAGCUUAGAUCACCUUGCUGGUCUUUCUCAUUAUUACCAUGCUGAUAGUAGCUAUAGACAUUUUCCAAAAUCCGAGAAGUAUAGCAUCAGUAGACUCACACUUGAAAAACAAGCAGCAAAACAACUGCCAGCAGCCAUACUUUAUCAAAAGCAGUCAAAGCAUAAGAAAUCACUAAUUGACCCUAAAAUGUCAAAAUUUUCACCUAUUCAAGAAAGUAGAGACCUUGAACCUGAUUAUUCAAGCUAUAUGACUUCUAGCACUUCAUCUAUUGGUGGCAUUUCCUCCAGGGCAAGGCUUCUUCAAGAUGACAUCACUUUUGGCCUCAGAAAAAAUAUUACAGACCAACAAAAAUUUAUGGGAUCCUCUCUUGGCACAGGACUGGGCACAUUAGGAAAUACCAUACGCUCAGCUUUGCAGGAUGAAGCAGAUAAGCCAUACAGUAGUGGCAGCAGGUCCAGACCUUCCUCCAGACCUUCCUCUGUCUAUGGGCUUGAUUUAUCAAUUAAAAGAGAUUCUUCUAGCUCUUCCCUAAGACUGAAAGCUCAAGAGGCUGAAGCUCUAGAUGUUUCAUUUAGUCACACAUCAUCCUCUGCCAGAACUAAGCCGACCAGUUUGCCAAUUAGUCAAAGUAGAGGGAGAAUACCAAUUGUGGCCCAGAAUUCUGAAGAAGAAAGCCCACUCAGUCCUGUUGGCCAGCCAAUGGGAAUGGCCAGGGCUGCAGCUGGACCCCUGCCACCAAUAUCUGCAGACACCAGGGAUCAGUUUGGAUCAAGCCACUCAUUGCCUGAAGUUCAGCAACACAUGAGGGAAGAAUCACGGACUCGAGGCUAUGACCGUGACAUAGCCUUCAUCAUGGAUGACUUCCAACAUGCCAUGUCAGACAGUGAAGCCUAUCAUCUGCGUCGUGAGGAAACAGAUUGGUUUGAUAAACCCAGGGAGUCUCGUCUGGAAAAUGGACAUGGUCUGGACCGAAAACUGCCAGAAAGAUUGGUCCACUCUAGACCACUCAGUCAGCAUCAAGAACAAAUCAUACAGAUGAACGGGAAAACUAUGCACUACAUCUUUCCUCACGCAAGGAUAAAAAUAACAAGAGACUCAAAGGAUCACACAGUUUCAGGUAAUGGAUUAGGAAUUAGAAUUGUGGGUGGUAAAGAAAUCCCUGGACAUAGUGGAGAAAUUGGAGCCUACAUUGCCAAGAUUCUUCCUGGGGGAAGUGCAGAACAGACAGGGAAACUUAUGGAAGGGAUGCAAGUAUUGGAAUGGAAUGGAAUUCCCUUGACUUCUAAAACAUAUGAAGAAGUUCAGAAUAUCAUUAGUCAGCAAAGUGGGGAAGCAGAAAUAUGUGUAAGACUGGACCUCAAUAUGCUAUCAGAUUCUGAAAAUCCCCAGCAUCUGGAACUUCAUGAGCCACCAAAAGCUGUGGAUAAGGCGAAAUCCCCAGGGGUUGAUCCUAAGCAGUUGGCAGCAGAACUCCAGAAGGUUUCACUACAGCAGUCACCGCUGGUUCUGUCAUCGGUUGUUGAAAAAGGAUCUCAUGUUCAUUCAGGUCCUACAUCAGCAGGAUCCAGUUCCGUUCCCAGCCCUGGGCAACCAGGGUCCCCCUCAGUGAGCAAAAAGAAGCACAGCAGCAGCAAGCCUACCGAUGCAACAAAGGUUGUCUCUCAUCCAAUUACGGGAGAAAUUCAGCUUCAAAUUAACUAUGAUCUUGGAAAUCUCAUAAUACAUAUUCUCCAAGCAAGAAAUCUUGUUCCUCGAGACAACAAUGGUUAUUCUGACCCUUUUGUGAAAGUGUACCUUCUUCCAGGGAGAGGUCAAGUCAUGGUUGUCCAGAAUGCAAGUGCUGAGUACAAGAGAAGGACUAAAUAUGUCCAGAAAAGUCUUAAUCCUGAGUGGAAUCAAACAGUAAUUUAUAAAAGUAUUUCCAUGGAACAGCUCAAGAAGAAAACACUGGAGGUGACAGUUUGGGAUUAUGAUAGAUUUUCAUCCAAUGACUUCCUUGGGGAGGUAUUGAUUGAUUUAUCUAGCACAUCUCACCUCGAUAACACUCCAAGGUGGUAUCCUCUCAAAGAACAGACUGAAAGCAUUGAUCAUGGCAAGUCACAUUCCAGUCAGAGCAGCCAGCAGUCCCCAAAGCCAUCUGUUAUCAAAAGCAGAAGCCAUGGUAUCUUCCCUGACCCAUCAAAGGACAUGCAGGUUCCCACCAUUGAGAAAUCCCAUAGUAGUCCUGGUAGCUCAAAAUCAUCAUCAGAAGGCCAUCUCCGUUCUCAUGGACCAUCUCGCAGUCAAAGCAAAACCAGCGUCACUCAGACCCACCUGGAAGAUGCAGGGGCUGCCAUAGCUGCUGCCGAAGCUGCCGUGCAACAACUCCGCAUUCAACCAACAAAGCCUCCCAAUCACCGGCCUGCAGAAAGCUCUGUGUCUACCGGCUCCUCGGGCAGCAGCUUUGGCAGUGGGUAUAGCGUGGACAGUGAAGGAAGCAGCAGCACUGCAGGGGAGACUAAUCUAUUUCCUAUUCCGAGGAUAGGGAAGAUGGGACAGAAUGGACAAGAGCCUGUAAAACAGCCAGGGGUAGGAGUAGGACUAGCAGACACUGAAGCUAAAACUCAGGUAAUGGGAGAAAUCAAGAUUGCAUUGAAGAAGGAAAUGAAGACAGAUGGUGAACAACUAAUAGUUGAAAUUCUCCAAUGCAGAAAUAUUACAUACAAAUUUAAGUCUCCUGAUCAUCUACCAGAUUUAUAUGUGAAAAUAUAUGUGAUGAAUAUUUCUACCCAAAAAAAGGUGAUCAAGAAAAAAACAAGAGUAUGCAGACAUGAUCGAGAGCCUUCAUUCAAUGAAACUUUUCGAUUCAGUCUAAGUCCUGCAGGACAUUCUCUUCAGAUUUUACUUUUCUCCAAUGGAGGGAAGUUUAUGAAAAAGACCUUGAUUGGUGAAGCCUGUAUCUGGCUUGACAAAGUGGAUCUCAGAAAAAGAAUAGUCAAUUGGCACAAACUUUUGGUCAGUCCUACUCAAACGCAUUGA